UGUGCAAUCCUCCAGCACCAUAAAUACAGCCACACUCUGGCCUCUGGACGCCUCUGUCAGCUCAGCCUCCGGGGAAGCCUCACCUCCUCUCUGAGACCCUGGGUCCAGCCCGCCUGCCACCAUGCGAACACCCUGCCUUCUGCUGCUGACGCUCUGCCUGCUCGUCUCCCAGGUGGCCCCAGGUGUCGGCCUCCUGACCAGCCUGGGCCACAGACCUGACCACUACAUGUGCUACAAGAACGGAGGAACCUGUCUCUACUCCUCGUGCCCGAUUUACACCAAAGUCAUUGGCACCUGUUACAGCGGGAAGGCCAAGUGCUGCAAGUGAGAUGGGCAAGACCAGGAGAACCAGCGAAGCUGCAGAGUGAACUCUUUGUAACCAUUCUUUUAAUAAAGGAAGACUGUUCUGAA